AUGUCUAUCGAUUCAUCAAAGUCUUCCCUUCGGGCUCACCUCGCCUAUGAACCACAGCCACUCAAAUUCGGAACUAGCGGUCGACGUGGCUUGAUCGUCGAUUUGACUCAACUGGAGAUUUACAUCAACGUUCUCGGUGAAAUCUGCCAUCUUCAAGCCAUUCCACCUUCUGAAGGUGGCAUUAAAUCUGGAGACGACUUCUACUACGCAUAUGACCUUCGUCCCAGCUCAAUUCACUAUGUCGAGCCCAACCGUGGCGGUCUCUGCCAGGCCGUUGAGCAGGCUUUGAGGGACGCGGGUAUGCGGCCGAUCAGCCUGGGCGCUAUCCCUACCCCUGCUCUAACACUUUUCGCGUUGCAAAGAGCGAAGGGAAGCAUCAUGGUUACGGGUAGUCAUAUUCCCUUCGAUCGCAAUGGCUACAAAUUGAAUACCUCUAAAGGAGAACUGUUGAAAAAAGAUGAGCAGCCUAUCAAUGAGUCUGUUGAGAUUGUCCGAAAAAUGAUUCUUGAGCAGCCAUUCACUGAGUCCCUUUUUGACGAGCAAGGCAUGCUUCGUAACGGCGACUCAACCCUCGUGGCCCCUAUCCCAGAUGGGAAGACUACGUAUAUCCAACGGUACCUUGACUUCUUCAAGGGUGAUACGCUCCAAGGGACGAAGAUGCUGGUCUAUCAACACUCCGCUGUCGGCCGUGAUCUCAUAGUUGAGCUGUUCCAAGCGCUUGGCGCUGAAGUGCUCCCUGCAGGCCGCAGUGAGACCUUUGUCCCCAUUGAUACCGAGGCGAUUGAUCAAGCUCAACUUGAUACAAUUCAAAAGCUCUACGACGGCACAGGCGGAAGCUUCGAUGCAGUCAUCUCCACGGAUGGCGAUAGCGAUCGCCCCCUUCUCCUGGCACCGGAAGAUGGCAAACUCCGCUUUUUCAGCGGCGACCUUCUGGGUAUGGUCGUUGCUGAAUUCCUAGGUGCCGACGCAGUGAUCGUCCCCAUCAGCACUAACGAUGCCAUUGACCGUGGAUCCCUCAAGCCGUUCUUGGAGCCUAAGACGAGAAUCGGCAGCCCCUACGUGAUUGCUGGCAUGCAGCAUGCUGUUCAGAAAGGACGCUGCCGUGUCCUUGGAUGGGAGGCCAAUGGCGGAUUCCUUACUGGCUCCGAUAUCCAGCUUGAGGGUAGAAGCCUUCCCGCUCUGCCUACACGCGAUGCAGUUCUUCCUCUGCUAUGCGUUCUUUUUGCGGCACGCAAGCGCCAAGCAACUGUCCCAGCGCUUUUCGAAUCCCUACCCGCCCGGUUUAGUCGGGCCGCAGUCAUUCGCAAUUUUCCUCGGCCAACAAGUGCGAAGAUUGUACAACGGUUAUCGCCACUAGAAAAGGAUAUACGCCGAAUUCAAUAUUCAGAGGAUGGCAUGAUUCCGCUGGACUGCAAUGGCAAACCCUCUGUCAUCAUCACAAUGGGUGACGGCCGUCAUAUUUUCCAGAUUCGUAAGGAGCUUCAGCAAGUCUUCUCUGUCGAAGCUGGCUUUUCUCCAGUUAUACUAGCGGAUUAUACCGACGGAGUUCGUAUCACGUUCAAAAAUGGUGAUGUCGCGCAUAUUCGUCCUUCUGGGAAUGCCGAUGAGCUUCGCAUCUACUCUGUCAGCGAUACCAAGGCUCGCGCGGAUGAUAUCUGCAGUCAAGGAAUUGCAGAGCCUGAUGGCUUGUUGAGGCAACUGGCACGCUUGAUCUAA